UCUAAAAGAGCAAUCUAAAAUGUCACACUAAACAAAUAUUGCAACAAGGAAGAUGUUUACACAUUCAUACAUCUGCAGUAGCAGCAGAAGACCCAUGCUUCAUUAUCACUCCACGUUUUAUCCUUCUUCUAACCGUGACGUCAUCUUCCUUGGUGGUGUUGGCCAUUUUAGCAUAAUAAGAUGUAAUAGUAGCAGCAGCAGCUCAGAUUCUAAUUCUGGAAAAGGUUUUGACAAGGCAAGCAAGACCUCAACUGCAAGGGGGAAUGGUAAGGAUAAGGGUAAGGGUGGUGCACUGCCACGUCAGAGGAAAUCGGUAUCCCAACAGCCUGGCUCUAUACCUAAUCAGGCACCCGCAACAUAUUCUAGGGUGGAUGGAACAUCAAAAAAUUUUCCGUCAGAUAUUCAGUUUGAAGAAAGACUUCAGGCAGUCAAAAGGUCAGCAAUAAACCAGAAAAAAGCCGAAGAAAAGAACUUAUAUGGAGCAAUCGACUAUGAUGCUCCAGUUGCAUCAGAGCCUAGCAAAAUAGGACUUGGCACUAAGAUUGGAGUAGGAGUUGCUGUCGUUGUUUUUGGCUUGGUAUUUGCUCUUGGAGAUUUCCUCCCGUCUGGAAGUGUCAAUUCGAAUAAAGAUGCAAGUAUGGUACAGAAUGUGCUGUCACCAGAAGAGAAAGAAAAACUUCAGACACAAGUACAAGAAUAUGAGAUGACGCUUAGCACCUCCCCAGAUGAUCCUGUUGCUCGUGAAGGAUUAGCUGUUACAUUAACAGAACUGGGAGAGUAUACCCGGGCUGCAUCCAUGCUUGAAGAUCUGACCAAGACGAAACCAGACCCUGAGGCUUUCCGUUUACUUGGUGAAGUAAAAUAUGAAAUGAAGGACUAUGAAGGUAGUGUUGCUGCCUAUAAGAGUUCGGCAAAGAUAUCACAAAAAAUGAACUUCGAAGUUUUGCGUGGUCUCACGAAUGCAUUGCUUGCUACUAAGAAACCCGAUGAGGCUGUUAAGCUCCUCCUGGCAUCUCGUGAUAGUUUGGAAAGAGAAAAGUCAAAUCAGGGAAACAUUGGAGCUGAUGGUAGCCAAAUAGAUAUGCAACCUCAAUUGGACCCUAUUCAAAUUGAAUUACUUCUUGGGAAAGCAUACUCAGACUGGGGACACGUCAGCGAUGCUGUGUCUGUAUAUGACCAACUUAUCUCUAGCCACCCGGAUGACUUUCGGGGUUACUUAGCAAAGGGAAUUAUUCUGAAAGCAAAUGGAAAAACUGGAGAUGCAGAGAGGAUGUUUAUACAAGCUCGGUUUUUUGCACCAGAGGGAGCCAAGGCAAUUGUGGAUCGCUACUCGAGAUAAUACUUUGUAAAAUUUGACUUGGAUUUGGCUAUCCUGAUAUAAUGAGCAUGAUUCAUGUUUGUGAGAGUGCCUAUUGUAUCCUGGCGAAGGAUUGGAUAUUUUGGCUAUGGGAAAGUUUGAGUUGAAGUCUUGUCAACCUAAUCAGCCGUAAAUAGUUCAAGACAAAGAUUUCACUCGGCAAUCAUCAACUUACAAUUUUUGAUCGAGUGCAGCUGAUAAGCGUGUCAAAUGUAUAAUGUAGAAAGUGGAGUCUCCAUGAACAAACAAUAUAAUGGUUGAUAUAUUAUUUAAGAUAUUUUUUACA